GUCGAUAUGCCCACAGAUAUGCGAAACCAAGAAGGCCAUUUCUCGACAUUUGACCUUGACUACACUCCGCCAAAGCCAGGGGGAAUUACAUCACUCACUGUUGAUAUCCCUGCUUUGAGCCGCAUCCCAAACGAACCGCGCCCACCUCCAAGAUGGAAAACUCCAGAAUUUAUCUUCUAUUAUGUGGUCGCUUUGUUUGUGAUCCCUCUUAUGGUAUGGAUACCUAUCCACCUGAGUUCACCUUCACAUCCGAAUUAUCCAUAUUAUCGUCACAGAUUAUCACCAGGUUGGAUGUUCGGACGCGAAGUUGAUAACAGUGAUACCCAGUAUCGGUCAUUUCGCAACAACAUACUUUCACUCUCAUUCCUUGUCCUGAUCUUCAUCACUCUCAAAUACAUAUACACACGGUCUGCAUUUCGCUCUGCCCUAAGUAUACCCUCGGAUAAGCUUUACCUGAUUCCGUUUUUUCUUGUGUUCUCUGUUCUAUACCUUACUGGUCUCCACGGGACGAGCGUCUUCAAGAUUGUAGUUAUCCUGACGGCCAACUACUGGAUUGCUAAGACAUCCAAAGGAUCGCGCAUGGGACCACUGCUUACAUGGGUUUUUAACGUUUUAAUCUUAUUCGCUAAUGAGACGCAUGGCGGAUAUCGGUAUGCCAGUUUCCACCCUUCAUUAGAAGUUUUGGACGCAUUCCAAGGCAUUUAUCCGCGUUGGCACAUAAGCUUCAAUAUCACUAUGCUGAGAUUGGUGUCAUUCAAUAUGGAUUACUAUUGGGCCUAUAAUUCUCGUGGGGGAGAGAGCUUGAGCUCUGCUUCUACCGAAAAGCAGAGAGCCAACACGCCACUGCCUUUAGAAGAUUAUACAUAUCGGAAUUAUAUCACCUAUGUCCUCUAUCCUCCACUCUACAUCGCUGGCCCUAUUCUGACAUUCAAUAAUUUCAUGUGGCAGUUGCGCCGCCCUAUAGAUAUUCCCAUACACGUCCAAUGCCGCUACUUGGUUCGUUUCCUUGUUAGUCUCCUGACCAUGGAGUCCAUAUUACACUACAUGUAUGUUGUGGCCAUCAAAGAUACGAAGACUUGGCAAGGCUAUACACCACUGGAGCUAAGUAUGAUUGGCUUUUGGAAUCUCAUCGUCGUCUGGUUAAAACUGCUUUUACCAUGGAGGUUUUUUCGUCUCUGGUCUUUGGCCAGCGGUAUCGACCCACCUGAAAACAUGGUACGGUGCAUGGUCAAUAAUUACUCUACUCUUGGAUUUUGGCGAAGUUGGCACCGGUCUUACAAUCUCUGGAUCGUCCGAUACAUCUACAUUCCGCUCGGAGGUACAGAGAACGUUGCACUGACAACUGCGCUUAUCUUCACAUUUGUCGCACUCUGGCAUGAUCUCUCCUUUCGCUUGCUUGCGUGGGGAUGGCUCGUCAGUUUUUUCAUCUUACCUGAGCUCCUUGCGAGGUAUCUUCUCCCUCACACAAAGUACGGGCAAUUUUCAUGGUAUCGCCAUGUCUGCGCAAUCGGAGGCGUACUCAACAUGUUAAUGAUGGUUUCCGCAAACCUUGUUGGAUUUGUGAUUGGUACGGACGGGAUAAUGUAUAUGGCCAGCCAGAUGGCGGGAACGUGGCAAGGAUUUUGUUUCUUGCUUGCAGCCAGUUGCAUUAUGUUCGUGGGAGUGCAGCUUAUGUUUGAGUACCGAGAAGAAGAGAUGCGAAGAGGUGUUUACCGAAGGUGUUGAUGAUUUGCUUGAGGCCAUUGAUCGUCAUUAGCGGUCUUAAUUAGCGUCCGCGUUCUGUGCUGCACCUAUAGGAAACGACGUCUCGUGCCUUCCUUUUGUCACCCUGAUUCAUUCAAUGAGCUCGUUCAAGAACCCCGUUCGCGAGGAUCAAGUGAAAGCCCAUCGUGGCCGAAGAAGAUCAGAAGCACUAAGAACACGCGAACAGAGACCACGCACACGGCGUACUGCGAACGACGACGACAUUGUGUACAAAUGUGGGUGUAAGCUCCGGCCUGUUAGUGACGAGGGGCUUUUGAAAGGUUCUAAUACCUAUCGACGCAUCAUGACCUUGAGUCGUUACAGCUAACCAAUGGUGGACCCUGCGCUCAAAGCCUGAAGUAAGUUCCUACAGGCUCUCACGCCACAAUAAGCAGAGGGAGUGCUUGAGCACGACACUCAAUCGAUCGGUUCGUCA